AUAUAAAAUAUAAUUCUAAAAAGUGAUGAUGGAUUCUAUGUCUCACACAUAUAGAACAAACCAUUUUUCAUACACUCGGAAGAAAAGCAAAAUAACUACAAAUUUCUUUUUUAGAAAUUAACCCCCCACCCUAGAUCUUUGAGUAGUUGACACUAUCCGACCCCUACACUCUUCAUUACCACACAAAUUUAUAACCUUUUAAUUAAUAUAUUUUUUAUUUAUUUUUUGUUCUUUGUUCUGCUAUGGAUUUGAGUUUGAUCUUUGAAGAGAAGUUUGGGAGGAGUUGUGGUGUUAAAGAAUGUCAGGAUUCUUCUCGCUAGGUGGAGGGACUGGAAUUGGUAAAGUUGACGAAGAACACCAUCAUCAUCAUCAUCAUCCUCAUCCUCAUCACCUUCAACAUCAAGAUCAAGAUCAAGAUCAAGAUCAACAACAUGAUGAUGGUGUAAUUAACCCUUACGGUUUGUACUUGUUCAAGAACGAGGAGAUCUACAGCAAACGUUUUGAAUUAUGGCAGCAGUAUUAUCAGCUUCAACAACACCAGCACCGGCAGCAACUCCUCCAACAGCAACCGCAUUAUGAUUUGGGUGUUGGUGUUAGCCCCAGUGGUCGUACUGAUCAGAAGAGAAGUAGCAGUGUUAGUAGCGGAGGCGGAGGUGGUGGUGGUGGUGUGGAUGAUCUUAAUCGAAACAACAACGUUGAUCAGUUGGCAUCUUCCUGGGAUAUCUUCAGUGGUGGUAGAUCGGCCGUCGAGGGUGGUGGUGAUAGUAAAGUGAUGAGGCAAGGUGGGUAUGGAAUCGGCGGUGGAAGUGGAAGUGGAAGUGGAAGCGGAAGCGGUGGUGGAAUCAAUUGUCAAGACUGCGGGAACCAGGCGAAGAAAGACUGUCAACACAUGAGGUGUAGAACUUGCUGCAAGGCCCGUGGUUUCCACUGUCAAACCCACGUCAAGAGCACAUGGGUUCCGGCGGCUAAACGCCGGGAACACCAACAGCAACUCAUGUCGUUAACCCAACAACAGAACUUAGGCAAUCAGCAGCUGAGUCUAAUGAUGCGAGCCAGCAGUGGUGAUGAUCAUCAAAAUCCCAAGAGACUACGAGAAGAUCAACAUCAUCAUCAUCAUCAUCAUCAAAACCAACCGAGUAUCGCCGUCGCCGGGAGCGGCAGCGGUGGCAUGGGUAUGAUUUUGAGUGCUCCACAACAUCAAAGCACUUCUUCAGGGUUACAGGUGGGUCAUUUCCCGGCUGAAGUGAGUUCUCCUGCGGUGUUCCGAUGCGUUAGAGUGAGUGCAAUGAACGAGGCGGAGGAGCAGUUGGCUUAUCAGACGUCUUUGAACGUCGGUGGACAUGUUUUUAAGGGAAUUCUAUACGACCAUGGUCCUGAAGCUCGAUACCAUCACCCUGGGGAAGGUAGUUCAUCCGCCGGCGGUGGUGGUGGUGGUGGUGGUCAACAUCAUCAUCAACUUAAUCUUAUUACAUCCAACACGACGGCUGUUGCGACGGCGACCACCGGUAUCAAUCAGGGUGUCACUUAUGUUGACCCUUCGUCGGCGUAUCCAACUCCUUUCAGCGCUUUCAUGGCCGGCACGCAGUUUUUUCCACCGCCUAGAUCAUGAGAAAGGAACAAAACUCAAGAAAAGCUAAUUAUUGGUAUGAACUUUUCUUAUUUCUCUAACAAAAAACAUUAAUACUACAUUCAUCCAGUAUUGCAGCUAUUAAUGUUUUUUAAGUUUUGAAUACUCAUUAAACUAGGAUUUUCAUAAUUCAUAGCAACAAUUAAAAUGUAUGGAUAUUUGACGAGCUACUAGCAGCUUGGAUGAUUGAUGACGAUUAUGAGGAUGAUGUAAUUUAAUAUGGGAUUUUGUUGGAA